AUGAAGCACCUCGCCGCUUACCUCCUCCUCGGCCUUGCCGGCAACACCUCCCCCUCUGCUGAGGACAUCAAGGCCGUCCUCUCCUCCGUUGGCAUUGAUGCCGAUGAGGAGCGCCUCACCAAGCUCAUUGCUGAGCUCGAGGGCAAGGACCUCCAGCAGCUGAUCGCUGAGGGUGCUACCAAGCUCGCCUCCGUUCCCUCCGGUGGUGCUGGUGCCCCCGCUGCCGCUGGCGCCGCUGCCGGCGGUGCUGCCGCUGCUGAGGAGAAGGUUGAGGAGAAGGAGGAGGAGAAGGAGGAGUCCGAUGAGGACAUGGGCUUCGGUCUCUUCGACUAA